AACUUGAUAGGAUUCCUUGCGCAGCUCAUGUGCUUCAAUUGUCUGUUGGGAAAGGGUUAAACAUGAUUAGGCAUUUGGUUUUAUGUGUAAAACGAUUGAUUGAUUUUUUUAAUAAUUCACCUAAGCAAACCGAAUAUUUCCUUACCACACAAAGAGACCUUGGACUUCCUUAUUUAAAAAAAGUGAUAGUAUACCUUCCAUCACGGCUUCAAUCAGAUGAAAAUGAAUUGAAUGAUAUAUUGUGUGGUUUUGAAGAAAUAACGACGUUACUAAGUGGAAAUACUUAUGUAACAAUUUUUUUAAUAUAUCCAGCUAUUUCAACAUUAGUGAAAACUUUUAAAAUAUUAUUACAACAAUCUUAUAUUGAAUCAGCUUCAACAGAUAUGGGUGAAUUAACAAUUCUCGAUUCUGUAGAAGAAAUUAUCGAUGAUACAAAAAACAUUGGUGAGAUUAAAGAAGUUUACGCUUCAUUAGAAAUUAUACACAAAACAAUUAAUAUCUUAGUUCCAAUGAUUACAAUUGGAAUGCUUGAGAAAGUUAAAAAAGUAUUGUAUGAUAGUAUGUAUCAUUAUUGGAAUUCUGUUACAGACGUCGGCAUGUUGGCAUGUUUACUUGAUCCACGUUUUAAAAAGCUACGUUUUGCCAACACAAACGUGGUUAUACAAACUAAAGAACACUUAAAAAGUUUGUAUAAAUUGGAAUGUGAAAUUUACCCAACUUCUAAACAUCCAACGUCUUUGUCAAAUAUUCAGCAUGAUGAUCAUGAUGAUUUUGAAGCUAGUAGAAUUCCAAAAAAACGAAAAUCAAUUUUAUUAGAUUUAUAUGCUGAUGACAAUGAUAAAAUUAGUGAAAUUGAUAAUUACUUAGCUUUAGAAGAGGAGGGAGACGAAUGGAUUCUUUUUAAUGGUGGAGCCUUAAAAAAGAAUGGUUUCCUAUAUUAUUAA